AUGCCCACGUUCCAGCCUUGGUACCAUGGAAUGAUAACGCGCUCCCGAGCUGAAGACCUGCUGUCCAAAGAGCCUCAAGAUGGGAGCUUCCUUAUUCGGGACAGUGAAUCCAUCCUGGGAGCAUAUGCCCUCUGUGUGCUAUACCAAAACUGCGUGUACACAUAUAGGAUCCUGCCCAAUGAGGACAAAAAGCUUUCAGUGCAGGCUUCAGAGGGGGUUCCCAUUCGCUUCUUCUCUGGAUUGAAUGAGUUGGUGGAUGCCUACAACAAUCCCGGCUUGGGCCUCGUCACACAUCUGCAGAAUCCUGUUCAGAGAGAGGAGGACAUGGAGGACGACCACGAAUCCUGCCUCCCUCCCCAACUCCCGCCACGAAACUUCUCGAACAGUGACGCCAAAGACACAGAACCAGUGACCAACUCUUUAUCAGAAACGUGCAUGGCCAGACUGCAACACAUGGACCUCUCUAUACUACAAGAGGAGCACCAGGCGGCCCUCCGAGACUAUUUCAGAACAUUGAUCUGUUUGGACGUUGAACAAGUACGAAAUGGGAACCCCAACCUCCCUGGACUGAAGAAACUCACCAUGAUCCUCUGCAAAAGCCUCAACAGUGAGAUCUCUCGCGUCCUGCCGUCUCUGGAAAUGGUGAACCAGAUCAUGGACCAACAGCUGUCUUCAAGCAUCGGCCACCUGUCCAGACAAAUAUCUGUGGAUUCACUCCAGUCCAUGUCAUUCAGACUUGAGCAACUGACAAAACUACUCUACACUAUUGAAGAUAAGGCCAGAGGAGCCGUGUAUGAGUCAGCGGGUUAUGAAGGAGGCCAUAGAAAAUCCCUUAUACCUGCCGUCACAUUUGAGGUGAAGCAGGAAUCCCUCGGCAUAUCCACAAAGAUUUUUCUAAAAGUGAAUGUAGAGAGUGGAAAGUUAUUCUUUAAAAAGUCUAAGGAUGGCCCUGAAGACAAAUACUACGUUCACAAUAAAAUUCUACAGUUGGUGAAAUCGCAGAAAAUGCCUGCAAAGAUCAGCAUAAACGUAGAGACAGAGAAGGAGAAAGUUGUGCGGAAAGAGUUUGUGUUUGAAGACGCAAAGAAAAGAGAAGGCUUUUGUCAGCUGCUGCAACUGAUGAAGAACAAGCACUCUGAGAAACCAGAGCCGGACAUGAUCACGGUUUUCGUUGGCACUUGGAACAUGGGAAAUGCCACUCCGCCUCUCAACAUCAGCUCGUGGUUUCAGUGCAUGGGCCAGGGCAAAACCCGGGACGACACAGCCGAGCACAUCCCCCACGACAUCUAUGUGGUGGGAACGCAGGAGGACCCGCUGGGCGAAAGGGACUGGAUCGAGACUGUCAGGAGUACUCUGAGGAACAUCACCAACAUUAGCUUCAAACAGGUGGCAAGUCACUCACUGUGGUACAUUCGGAUUGUGGUGUUGGUAAAACCCGAGCAUGAAAACAAGAUCUCUCACGUCUUCUCUGACAGCGUGAAGACGGGGAUCGCCAACACACUCGGAAACAAAGGAGCAGUGGGCGUUUCAUUUAUGUUCAAUGGGACCAAGUUUGGAUUCGUCAACAGUCACCUGACUUCUGGGAGCGAGAAGAAACUGAGGCGAAACCAGAACUACUUUUCCAUCUUGCGCUUUCUAAACCUGGGAGAGAAGAAGCUGACUCCCUUUGACAUCACAAACCAGUUCACUCACCUGUUUUGGCUCGGAGACCUCAACUACAGGGUCGAAAUGCAGUCCAAUGAAGCAGAGUACAUCGUGACAAAGAUUAAACAGCAGCAGUACCAGGAGCUGCUCGGUAAAGACCAGCUUAACAUGGAGAGGAGCGAGGGGAAGGUCUUUCUGCAUUUUGAUGAGGAGGAAAUCACUUUUGCACCAACUUAUCGCUUUGAGAGAUACACGCGAGAGAAAUAUGCGUACACUAAGGCCAAAGCCACAGGAACAAAGUACAAUUUGCCGUCAUGGUGCGAUAGAGUCCUGCGAAAGUGCUACCCUUUGGUUCAUGUCAGCUGUCAUGCUUAUGGUUGCACUAAUGACAUCAUGACCAGUGACCACUCACCAGUGUUUGCAUCGUAUGAAGUUGGGGUCGUUUCACAGUUUGUGUCCAAACAAGACCCGGAAAGUGCACCACAAGGAGGGAUCCAGAUCAUGAACUGUAUGGCCACUCUGUUGACAAAAUCUCAGACAAGGUUCUUCAUAGAAUACCAUUCGAGUUGCUUGGAGAAACCAGUAAAAACACCAGAAGGAGAAAACACACAGCACUCAAAUGGAUUCAUUAAAGUGUGGUUUGGAAAUCAAGUUCAGCUCACUCCUAUCAUCUCUGACCCGGAGUACCUCCUGGACCAGCACAUCUUGAUCUGCAUUAAGUCCACUGACUGCGAUGAGUCUUAUGGCGAGGGCUGUGUGGCGCUCAGAGCAGCCCAGUUCAGUUACACCGAGUUUCAGAUCUCUCUCACUCACAACGGAGAGAAGACAGGGACUCUGAAGGGAGGCAUCCAGCUGCACACCACUGACUGCAAAACCACAGAGAAACUCUACGAUUUUAUCAAAGUAGAAAGAGAUGAUCCAAAAUCCAAAGGAGACCGGUCGUCUCUCACUCAGACCCUCGACAUCUCUAACCCCAAUUACAUGGGAGUGUCCUACAAAACUGGGCACAUGAAGGACCAGGGCUGGAGCUACAUUAUGCAGCCCAAACCGUCUCCAGGUUCACGCAGUCCCACCGCCAAACAUUCCAUUGAGGACGGAAAAAGGUCUGAGAUGUUUGACAACCCACUGUACGGAUCCAUGUCAGGAGGGUCCCACUCUCGCUCCAAAGACCAGCAACAGAAGGACCAGUUACUAUCUCCAGAUGCUUUCCUGUGUGUGAAAACUGCAGACAGUGAUCCGGACCGGCCGCCCAUGCCCUCUCCUCGCACCCGCUCCUUCACCUGCUCAGAAUCCAACCCCCAGGCCACAGCUGCGGUCGCCCCACCUCCAACCAAGUCCAAGAAACCAGUGGUGCCAUCUCGCUCUGAUUGUAACACUGGGAGUAAGCCACGUCUACCCAUGAAAUCUCGACCAGGACCACCAGAACCAACAGCUCCCAAAGUCAAAGACAACAGAGAAGCGGCAGAACUUCCUGGGAAACCUCGGCAAACACCAACUAGGCCAGGGCAGACGCCAAGAUUGUAA